UCCCCCCUCCAACAGUCCCCAUGGUCGCUCAAUGGGAAAGAGCCACGUGCCUCUGCGCCCACCAGCUCAAGUGCAUUUGUUCUCGCUGCUGGUUGUUGUAAAGGAUUUGCCUCCAUAGACAGAAAAGCAGAGCGGAUAACUUUUUGGAAUUCAGCCUAGGGGGUCCUCUUCGAAGUUUUGCUCACUCCAGGCUUCCACUCUCUCUCUCUUUCUCUCUCAGUCUUUCCCUGCGGAAAGGUUGACACUUAAGAGGGUUUAUUUAUCCUGAAGAACUCAGGUAAGAUGCAUCCUGGUACUUUAGCCCCGGUGCUGUUAUGUUGUGUUGCCAGAUUGGACCGUUUGGACUGAUUGGACUAAUAAGCAAGUGUAUAAGUAAAUCUUUGUGGAGUAAAGCGUUGUAGCCAUGUGGGGCACAGGUGGGCAAAGGUGCACUUCUGUCCAUGGAGAAAAAUAGCAGAGCUACUGAAUGAAAGCAUAUUUUUCUAAGACUAAUAAAGACUUGGUCUGAAAUGCAAUUAAAGGGUUAAGGGCUAAUUACAUUGAAAUCAUUCAGUACUAAUCAGAAUAAGAUACUGCUUAAGUCUCUAAAGCGAAAUAAGUAAAUAACUGCCAUGUGUCAUUUCAUUUUAUUACAAAGUGUGCUUUUUUUAAAACGCAGUCGCAUUUCAUUCAGCAUUCUACAGAUAUUGACCUCAACGCUUGACCUCAAGUAACGUUCAAUGCAAGCAUGUUGAAUGUAAUUUGAAUUUGAUUGGGCUCCCGAGUGGCACAGCGGUCUAAGGCACUCCAUCUCAGCGCUCGAGGUGUCACUACAGACACCCUGGUUCAAAUCCAGGCUGUAUCACAACCGGCUGUGUACAACUGGCCUAGCAUUGUACGGGUUUGGCCGGUGUUGGCCGUCAUUGUAAAUAAGAAUUUGUUCUUAACUGACUAAAUAAAGGUUAAAUGGCCAAGAUGAAUGCAGAAGUUAUGAGGCAUCCAUUAGUCUCUGCAGUACAUAGAAGCUUGGUGAUUGUUCUGUGUUACAAAUAGUAUUCGCUUUGCAUUGAACCACUGAACUGAAUGUUUAUUAUCUAGUGCCUCGGUUGCAAGAUCAAUGAGUGAGACAGUUAGCUCUUCAUUUCCUCAACCAUAAAGGAAUCUCUAUGGACGUUUUAUCAUCUGGAAACAUGGAGGUGUUCCAGAGGUGUUAUGACUGUUGGCUGGAUGGUCAUGAAUCACUGUCUCAGGAAAUACCAUGCAGCUUUUAUAUCCAUCAUUUGUUGUUGGUUAGUUCUACAUGAGCAUUUUCUGGAGCCGGUAAAUACUUACACCACUGCCCAUCCUCCACUCUCACUUUAAAAUGUAACACUUUGAUAUUUCAGUAUAACCACCUUUUGUGGAGUGUUGGAGUAUUUUUGUAUGUGUUUGAGGUUAUUGAGUUGACAUUUCUACAUUGCAUGUGGGUAGUAGAUCGCAUAAGUGGAUUGCACAGUGUUGACAGUGAUACAGAAAUUGAACAUUUCAGUUCAAAAUAGGGUCCAUACUGUCUCUGUGCAACUACAGAGACACUUUGCCAUCCUGUGCUAUUGAAUAUGACACAUGUUCACAUGUGCAAUUCACUUGCAAUUCACUUCCUGAAUUCACUGAAUUAAAAUGGAAUUGACCCCAACCCUGGCUGCCUGCAACUUUGUGUAGUAGGACCUUAAAGGAAUCCAUAAACCGUCCAAUGGCUGACUGUGUUGCCUGUGCCCCAUGGUUGACUGUGUUGCCUGUGCCCCAUGGUUGACUGUAAUGCCUGUGCCCCAUGGUUGACUGUAAUGCCUGUGCCCCAUGGUUGACUGUGUUGCCUGUACCCCAUGGUUGACUGUGUUGCCUGUGCCCCAUGGUUGACUGUGUUGCCUGUGCCCCAUGGUUGACUGUAAUACCUGUGCCCCAUAGUUGACUGUGUUGCCUGUGCCCCAUGGUUGACUGUGUUGCCUGUGCCACAUGGUUGACUGUGUUACCUGUGCCCCAUGGUUGACUGUGUUGCCUGUGCCCCAUGGUUGACUGUGUUGCCUGUGCCCCAUAGUUGACUGUGUUGCCUGUGCCCCAUAGUUGACUGUGUUGCCUGUGCCCCAUGGUUGACUGUGUUGCCUGUGUCCCAUGGUUGACUGUGUUGACUGUGCCCCAUGGUUGACUGUGUUGCCUGUGCCCCAUAGUUGACUGUGUUGCCUGUGCCCCAUGGUUGACUGUGUUGCCUGUGCCCCAUUGUUGACUGUGUUGCCUGUGCCCCAUAGUUGACUGUGUUGCCUGUGCCCCAUGGUUGACUGUGUUGCCUGUGCCUCAUAGUUGACUGUGUUGCAUGUGCCCCAUAGUUGACUGUGUUGCCUGUGCCCCAUGGUUGACUGUGUUGCCUGUGCCCCAUUGUUGACUGUGUUGCCUGUGCCCCAUGGUUGACUGUGUUGCCUGUGCCCCAUGGUUGACUGUGUUGUCUGCGCCCCAUGGUUGACUGUGUUGCCUGUGCUUGAUGUUUCCCUGUAUUGACUGUGCCAUUGACUCUGUCCCUCUGCCUUUCUGUGCGCUGCAGUGCGUAGAGCCUCUCCACCGUCGCAGUGUCACUCAGGAUGCACAGCUUUAUGGGAGGGGGCCUGUUCUGCGCCAUAGUGGGGAACAUCCUGCUGGUGGUCUCAACUGCGACAGACUACUGGAUGCAGUACCGCUUGUCGGGCAGCUUCGCCCACCAGGGCCUGUGGAGGUACUGCAUGUCGGGCAAGUGCUACAUGCAGACGGACAGCAUCGCCUACUGGAAUGCCACCCGUGCCUUCAUGAUCCUGUCAGCCAUGUCGUGCUUCGCGGGCAUCAUCGCAGGCAUUCUCUCCUUUGCCCAUUUCUCCGCCUUCGAGAGGUUCAACCGCUCCUUCGCUGCAGGGAUCAUGUUCUUCGUCUCCACUCUCUUUGUUCUGCUUGCAAUGGCCAUCUACACUGGAGUGACGGUGAACUUCCUGGGGAAGCGCUUCGGUGACUGGCGCUUCUCUUGGUCCUACAUACUGGGCUGGGUGGCACUGCUCAUGACCUUCUUUGCAGGAAUAUUUUACAUGUGUGCCUACAGAAUGCAUGAAUGCAGGAGAGUGGUGGGCCCACGCUAAAAGAGAGAGGAAAGCCAUUGAAAAGAUUGCAAAUCCGGGACAUUUUGGCCCCGCAAUUCCAACACGAAGAAAGAUUCAAGCUUACACCAAUAGACAUAUCACUGAAAUGUAGAAACUGUACUAGGAAAUUGAGAACCAAAGAUUAAUACAAAUGUUUGGUUCUGCCUGA